CCCUUGAAAGUUCCAAAUUCUUCCUGUGUGAGUGGAAAGGGAUGGGAGCCAUGGAGGAGAGCACCGUCGCCGACGCUAGCACUGCUGGGCUCCUGCCCACAUCAACCAAGGAUCUUGAAAAUGGCGAAGAUCUGGAGAAAGAGAGCUUCAUCACAAAGGACGGCACUGUGGAUUGGAAGCACAAUCCUGCUGAUAGGAGAACUACCGGCGGCUGGAAAGCGUGUCCUUAUAUCUUGGGAAACGAAUGCUGUGAGAGGCUUGCCUACUAUGGAAUUUCCAUGAACUUGGUGGUGUUUCUGACCGACAAACUCCAUCAGCACAACGCGACUGCAUCGACCAAUGUGACGAACUGGUCUGGAACUGCUUACAUCACACCUCUCAUAGGAGCUUUCUUGGCCGAUGCCUACCUCGGUCGCUACUGGACGAUCGCUGCCUUCUCUUCUGUAUACUUUGUGGGAAUGGUUCUGCUCACGUUAUCAGCGUCAGUUCCAUCGUUAAAACCACCAUCUUGUGUGGGGGACGUUUGUCCUGGGGCCUCGCCUGGUCAGAUCGGAUCAUUCUAUCUGGCUCUCUAUCUGGUAGCGCUGGGCACUGGUGGAAUCAAGCCUUGCGUUUCAUCCUUUGGAGCAGACCAGUUUGACGACGAAGACCCCUCGGAGAAGAAGUAUAAGACUGUCUUCUUCAACUGGUUCUACUUCUCGAUCAACGUCGGUGCCAUGAUCGCCAGCACCUUUCUCGUUUACAUCCAGCAAAGCGUCAACUGGGCCUGGGGAUUUGGCAUACCGGCAGCAGCAAUGGGAAUAGCCAUUGUGAGCUUCUUCACCGGGUCCAAGAAGUACAGGCACCAGAAACCAGGAGGCAGUCCACUCACUCGGAUCGCUCAAGUUAUCGUCGCAGCCAUCCGGAACUGGAGGCUACGUCUUCCAGCCGACGAGACCAUGCUCUACGAGGUCGACGAGAAGGCGUCCGCCAUCGAAGGGAGCCGGAAAAUUCAGCACACGGCAGAAUACAGUUUCCUGGACAAGGCAGCGGUCGAGGACAGGUCGAGACCGACGACAACGUGGAACCUUUGCACGGUCACUCAAGUCGAGGAAGUGAAGAUCCUGCUACGAAUCGUUCCUAUCUGGGCCAGCGCCAUCGUCUUCUCCACAGUCUACGCUCAGAUGUCGACGCUGUUCGUGGUGCAAGGCCUCAAGAUGGACUACAUCCUCGGCACCUUCAAGGUCCCGUCGGCAUCGCUCUCCAUGUUUGACACGCUCAGCGUGUUGAUCUGGGUCCCGAUCUACGACCGGCUGCUCGUCCCCUUCGUCCGCAGGUACACCGGCCACGCACAGGGAUUCACGCAGCUCCAGAGAAUGGGAAUCGGUCUCGUCAUCUCCACGCUCUCCAUGGUGGUGGCGGCGGUCCUGGAGAUCCAGCGUCUGCGAGUCGCGAGGGAGAAAGGCCUGGUGGAUGCCGACGACAAGAACUUCCCGAAGCUCCUCAACGCGCAGCUCAGCAUCUUCUGGCAAAUCCCCCAGUACUUCAUCAUCGGGGCGUCGGAGGUGUUCACCUUCAUCGGGCAGCUCGAGUUCUUCUACGAGCAGUCGCCCGACGCCAUGCGGAGCUUGGGCUCGGCGCUGUCGCUGGCGACGGUGGCGCUGGGGAACUACCUCUCGAGCUUGCUGGUGACCAUCGUCACCAAGAUCACCCGGAGGGAUGGGAAGCCCGGAUGGAUCGCCGACAACCUCAAUCAUGGCCACAUUGACUACUUCUUUUGGCUCUUGGCAGCGCUCAGCGUCGUCAACGUUCUCUUCUAUCUUCCAUUCGCGUAUCGCUUCAAGUAUAAGGCGACUAAUCAACGAGGGGAUCCGGUCAAAGUCUUGCACGAGCCAACAAAAAAUACUCAUACUUUAAACGAGAACGAAGGAGGACGAGCUUCGAGGCAAUUUCCUGGCAAAGGCGAUAGAUCUAGUCGUACGGCGAUGUCCGGAAGGGCCAAGGGGAAAAAGGAGAGAGCGCGCGUCUCGUUUAGGGUUGCGCGAGCUUGGGCGAGCGGAAGCUCGAGAGAUUGGAUCGCUGCCACGCGCGCAGAGAAACCUCAGGACGAUGCCGCCACCGCGAUGCAAAAGAUGUAUCGUGGCUACAGAACGAGGCGCCAGCUCGCGGACUGCGCGUGCCUAGCCAAAGACUAUGGAUGGUGGGAAGAGGACUUUUCCAGGACGAGAAGGCCAAGAAGCUUGCGUUUCAACACUGGCUGGAAGCUGCUAGAUGCCGGGGAAGGGAGAUACCUGGACCUUGAGGAGUGUCCUAGAACAAAAAAAAGGAAAGAGUACGAGGUGACGAUUCAAGACGGGAGAUUGAUAUACACCAGCUGUGGGAAACCUCUUGAUACGGACGAAGGGCGCGACAAGUGGAUUUUCGUAAUGGAUACGAAUGGGAAGCUUUACGUUGGACGGUCUAUCGAGGGUUACAGCGGCCACUACCUUCCUACGCAAGAAGAAUUCAACAGUUUGCUCAAUGAGUUAAGCACUAGAGGGGUCGAUCUGUCAACCGUAGAGACCAAGUUCCUACCUCGCGAAGGGAAGUCUAUCAGCAAACUCAUGGUAGAGGAUGAUUUUAUCGAGAAAAAAUCACCUGAUACCGAAGACGACUGCUUCGCUUUCUGCCGCUCAAUUCUCUCCUUCCUUACCAUGAGACUGAGUUGGUUUUGGACUGUGAACCCCUUGCGAAAGUUCAGGAGACAGAAGUCGUGGUGCACAGAAGGGGGCGCACGGUUGAGCAGCUUGUCUGUUAUUCCACACAACGUACGAACGAAAGCUCUUGAACAAGUAAAUGGGGAGCAAACAAAGUGCACCGAAAUUGGUUUUAGAACCAUUAAAAUAAGAUUUCUAGGCUUUGCUAAAAAGUGUGUUAUUGUUCUCAUGGAAGCUCCCGAGAGCGCGGAGGCGCCGGCGCUCCAGAGAAAGGAUUCCCUUUCAUCCCUUAAGGGUGUGGAGAAAAGGAAGACUGGCGGCUGGAAAGCUUGUCCAUUCAUACUUGGCAAUGAAUGCUGUGAGAGGCUGGCAUACUAUGGCAUCAGCACUAACCUGGUGGUGUACAUGACCAAGAAGCUCAACCAGAACAAUGCAACCGCUGCUACCAAUGUCAACAACUGGUCGGGAACUUGCUACAUCACGCCGCUCAUUGGCGCCUUUAUCGCGGACUCUUACAUUGGAAGAUACUGGACGAUCGCUGCUUUCUCUUUCUUAUACUUCCUGGGAAUGCUACUUCUCACUCUUUCAGCGUCACUACCGUCUCUGCGACCAACUUGUCACGAACAGUCAUGCUCAUCGGCAACUCUGGGCCAGCUCGCAGUCUUCUACAGCUCACUAUAUCUCAUAGCGCUCGGGACGGGUGGAAUCAAGCCGUGCGUCUCGUCGUUUGGAGCGGACCAGUUUGACGACAAGAAUCCGGCGGAGAAGAAACAGAUGACAUCGUUUUUCAACUGGUUUUACUUCUCCAUCAACAUCGGCGCUCUCGUGUCGAGCAGCAUUCUGGUUUACAUCCAAGACCAAGUGAGCUGGGCAUGGGGCUUUGGCAUCCCGACGGUGGCCAUGGCGAUAGCGAUAUGCUCCUUUUUCUCGGGAACCAGGCUGUACAGGCACCAGCCUCCAGGGAUGAGUCCGCUCACACGAGUCGCCCAAGUGCUUCUUGCCGCCGGGCGGAAGUGGAGAGUCCAAGUUCCUGAAGACAAAUCCUUGCUUCACGAGGACAACGACUCGGAGACGAGGAAGCUAGCACACUCUCCCAACUUUCGGUUUCUGGACAAAGCUGCUGUGAAAGACAGGGCGAGCGCCGAAGUAUCACCGUCACCAUGGCUUCUUAGCACUGUCACUCGAGUCGAGGAGGUGAAGAUGCUCGCCCGGCUGCUGCCAAUCUGGGCUACCAGCAUCGUCUUCGCAACCGUCUACUCCCAGAUGUCAACAUUGUUCGUGGAGCAAGGCGGGGUGAUGAACACUUACGUCGGCUCGAGCAACUUCAAGAUCCCGCCGGCCUCGCUCUCCAUCUUCGACACCUUGAGCGUCAUCCUUUGGGUCCCUCUCUACGACCGCCUCCUGGUGCCGCUCGUCCGCCGCUACACCAAGCAUCCACAGGGGUUCACGCAGCUCCAGAGGAUGGGAAUCGGUCUGAUCAUCUCCACCUUCUCGAUGAUCAUCGCUGCGCUGGUGGAGAUAAAGCGCCUGGAGAUCGCUCGGAGCAGGGGGCUGAUGGAUCCCGACGCCGUGAGCGACGAUCCGGUGCUGGCGAGGAGGCAGAUGAGCAUCUUCUGGCAAGUCCCGCAGUACUUCCUCAUCGGCGCCUCGGAGGUGUUCACUUUCAUCGGCCAGAUCGAGUUCUUCUACCAGCAGUCGCCGGACGGGAUGCAGAGCCUGGCCGCCGCCCUGUCGCUCACGACCAACGCGCUGGGGAGCUACCUCAGCAGCCUGCUGGUGACGAUCGUGAUGCGCAUAUCGCAGAGGAAUGGCAACCCCGGAUGGAUCGCAGACAAUCUCAACCAGGGGCACAUGGAUUACUUCUUCUGGCUGCUAGCGGUUCUCAGCGCGAUCGACAUCCUCAUCUAUUUGCCGCUGGCGCACUGGUAUCGCUACAAGAGCCUGCGCGAGGAGGAAGACGAUGACUCAGCUAGCGCGGGAAAAGUUUAGUAUAUACUUGAAGAUGCUUUAAGUACCUAUAAAC